GUAAAAAUACCAGGCCUUGUCCAACAUGUAUCAGUUUGUAGGGAUAAGUAGAAAGUAGGUUAACUUGUUUGUGACAUUUUUUAUAUUAUUUUAACUAUAAAACAGAAAGGAUGAUAAAAAAGACCCGUGCGUCUUAUGUAUUCUGUUACCUGCUUAUUAGCUUGCACUCAACUUUAGCGGCCAAGUUAGGCAGCUACAAUGUGGACAGUAAUUCUAUUUCGGUGAGUGGCUUGUCGGCGGGAGGAUUCAUGUCUGUUCAAAUGCAUGUUGCGUACUCAAAGAUGUUUAUGGGAGUUGGGGUACUAGCAGGAGGGCCAUACUGGUGCGCUAUUGACAAUGCAGUCACCGCUACCACAACGUGUAUGACGUCACCAGCAUUCAUCAACGUGAAGUAUUUGCAGCAAAUUACAACCAAUACUGCUUUAACGGGAUUCAUUGACCCUGUUUCAAAUAUGAGGAACGACCGCGUAUUUUUAUUCAGUGGCAUGGCGGACACAGUAGUUGAUAAGGGGGUGGUUAAAGCAACUGAAGACUAUUAUUCUGCUUAUGUAAAUCCUGAAGAUGUUAUGACGGUGUAUUCAGUCAAUAGCGAGCAUGGAUUCCCUACCGUUGAUCAAGGCGGAACAUGCGACGAAUUAAGCAAACCAGGAUUUAUAAAUAAGUGUGGAUACGAUACUGCGUUUGUUCUUUUGGAUCACAUAUAUGGAAACCUGCAGCAACACGUAUACCCCACUGACACGCCAAUACAAGGAUCUAUUCUUGAAUUUGACCAAACCGAGUUUUUCGGCAUAGGGUUCGGUGACAUUGGUCUCGAUGAUGUGGGGUAUGUGUUUAUACCUGAUUCGUGCGCAGAUCUAACAAAAUCUUGUCGUCUACACCUUUCACUUCAUGGUUGCGAACAAGGAUUUGAAUUCAUCAAAGAUGAUUUCAUAAAACAGUCAGGUUAUAACGAGGUCGCUGCUUUGAACGACAUCAUUGUUGUUUAUCCACAAGUAAAGAAAAAUUUGCUAACCAAUCCAAACGGAUGCUUUGAUUGGUGGGGAUACACAGGUUCCGAAUACGCUUCAAACAUUGGCGAUCAAAUGGUAGCCCUGAAGAAAAUGAUUGAGCAUGUCGCAAACCUCUAGUUGCUACAUCAGGAACUCUUCUUUAAUCUAUGGGGUUAUUCUGAUUAGGUGCAUGAUUUGAUACGUAAUUGCUGCGGUAAUAAAUUACUUACCAUGGAAAAAAAACCUAUAGUUGUUUUCGAACGACCGGACCAAGUCUUCCCCAACGUGGUCUUCCCACUCUGUCAAAAAGACUGAAAAAUUUUCGCCAUUCGGGACACCCCGUUAUGGGUCCCGAAGCACAAAUAUUUUAAUCGUUGGUUGUGACACCCCCACCCAAACUUCAUGGUAUACACGAUACACUAUAGUGGAAAACUUUAGGUGCCUAUUCCUGUAAUUCUUACGUUGUGUAAAAAGUCUGAAAACUGAUCGUAUACACGUCGAGAACAAAACGUAUUCACAAUGUAUUUUAGUCGAGUUACGUAUUCUUAUGUAUGGGACGCUCUUAAUUUUAUUCCUGUUGGUAGAUUUGUUCGCUUUUGAGAUUUUGUAAUGCCGAAAUAUUCGUAAAACAAUGUUUCGUCAUAGACAUCUUAUACACCCUACCAACUUUA